AGCUUUUGCAAUGGAAGAAAAAUCACCCAUAUCAUAAUUUCAAGACAAGAACCCAGAUUUCUAUGGUUGAUCUCUCUUGUCUUAUGAUCCAAGAUAAAGAAAGGAGAUUACUUUAAUUAGAAUAAAAAUUAUGCAAAUCUCCACAGUUUCCAUAAACCUGUUGCUGUUAGUAAUAGUACUUUCCUUGCUUAGCCCUGCAAUUGAAGCUCAGCAGCCUACUUAUCUGUACCACGAUUGUCCAAACACCACCACUUUCACCGUAAACAGCACUUACCAAGCCAACCGCAAUACCGUCUUAUCAUCGCUGUCGUCUAAUAGCACCCGUGGUGAUGGUUUCUACAACACAACCGCAGGUAGGAGCCCUGACAUGGUAUACGGUCUUUUCCUUUGCCGUGGGGAUCUUUCUACCAGCGUCUGCCAAGCGUGUGUCACCUUUGCCACCACCGAUAUUUCUCAACGUUGUCCCAACGAAACAAUGGCGGUGGUUUGGUACGACGAGUGCCUCCUACGGUACUCGAAUGGAAAUAUCUUUUCCGUUGUGGCAGGAGGACAUACAUUUAUAUUGCGUAGCAGUCAGAAUGUGACCGAUAACCAAGACCUUUUCAACCAGCAAGUCUUAGCUAUGAUGAACGAUACAGCAAACCAAGCAGCAAACACACCAGAAGGUGCUAAAAAAUUUGCGACUAGAGAGGAAGAUGUUAAUUUUUCAUCAACUUUUGAAGCACUGUAUACCCUUGGUCAGUGUACUCCGGACUUGAUAAGCAUGGAUUGCAAUAGAUGUCUGCGAAUGGUAAUAUCAACUCUUCCAACUGGAUGGCUAGGCGCAAGAGUGUUGAAUCCUAGCUGUAACGUUAGAUAUGAAACUUACCUGUUCUAUAAUCAAACAGGCGUUGCAUCUCCACCUUCUCCUCCAGCUCCAGGAGGGAAUGGCCGAAGAUCAUGGCCAAUAAUUGUUGCCAUUGUUGUUCCAAUUACUGUUUCCAUUUUGCUUUUAUUACUGAUGUGUUGGCUGUUAAAGAGAAGAGCAAAGAAGAAGUACGACACUAAUGUAGGGUAUGACAUAACCACCAUAGACUCCUUGCAGUAUGAUUAUUCCACAAUUGAAGCUGCAACAGACAAGUUUUCAGAUGCUAACAAGCUAGGCGAAGGCGGUUUUGGUGAGGUUUAUAAGGGUAUCCUUUCUAACCAACAAGAAAUAGCUGUUAAGAAAUUAUCAAGAGGUUCAGGACAAGGUGAUGAGGAAUUUAAAAACGAGGUCGUAUUGGUAGCCAAGCUUCAACACAGAUCUCUAGUCAGACUAUUGGGCUUUUGCUUGGAAAGAGAAGAAAGGAUACUAGUUUAUGAAUAUGCUCCCAACAAGAGCCUUGACUAUUUUGUUUUUGAUCCUGCAAAACAAGGACAAUUGGAUUGGUUGAGACGACACAAGAUAAUCGAAGGGAUUGCACGUGGAAUUCUUUAUCUUCACGAGGAUUCCCGGCUUAGAAUCAUCCACCGUGAUCUCAAGGCCAGCAAUAUAUUAUUAGAUGGAGACAUGAACCCCAAGAUUUCGGAUUUCGGCAUGGCAAGGAUUUUCGGGGUUGAUCAAACUCAAGGAACAACAAGAAAAGUUGUUGGCACCUAUGGCUAUAUGUCUCCGGAAUAUGCAAUGCAGGGACAAUUUUCGGUUAAAUCAGAUGCAUACAGUUUCGGGGUUUUAGUUCUAGAAAUCGUAAGUGGCCAAAGGAACAGUGAUUUCUACGAAACAGAAGGAGCUCAGGACCUCAUUAGCUAUGCAUGGAAGCUAUGGAAGGAUGGGAGAUCCCUGGAAUUGUUGGACCCUGUUCUAAGAGAUAAUUACUCGAGAAAUGAAGUCAUUAGAUGCAUCCAGCUCGGGUUAUUAUGCGUUCAAGAAGAUCCAGCUGACCGGCCAACAAUGGCCACCGUUGUUCUCUUGCUCCACAGUUACUCUGCCACACUACAAGUGCCUAAACAACCAGCAUUUGUGCUUCAGAGUAGAACAGAUGGGAGGAUGCCAGACAAGGGUCUUGAAUCUGAUCAAUCUACUAGUCGAUCAAUGCCAUCGUCUAACAAUGAGGCAUCUAUCACGGAAUUAUACCCUCGGUAAUGUGAGUUAUUAGAUGCAUCAUCAUGGUCUUCAACCUGAAGGUAGAUAGCUAUCUGCCAAUGUUGAUUAAGCUUUUGUUCCGCCUGUUUAUGAAUUAUUGUUGUAGUUAUUUACUUCCAAAAACCUUGAUAUUCCGUCUUAUUCUGGUUUUUUGGAUUAAUCCAUAAGAGGUGCUAAACUAUUACUCGGA